AUGAUGCAGGUUCGCUUCAGUUGUCCAAGCUGUUUACGUGAACUGGGCUUGGCAUUUGCAGUGCGGGCUCACCAGGAGUCAAAGAGACGCGAAUCCCCAGAUCUAUGCCGCAUUGAAGGUAGCGAAGCCCUUGCCCCGUCUCAUAUUUUAUCCAAUGGCGAUACACCUGUUCCCUCCACGUCCUAUUCUCCCAACUUGGAUAGCUCAUGCUCUCAAUCGCCAAAGCAACUACCCAACCUGAGUUUGCCCCUACUUCGACACCUCAACCUCCCUGUGAACCUUCUACCCGACGAAGAUGAAGACACCGGCAUGACCUUCUCCGUGCGGACAUCCCAGAACCACCAUUCCCAGGAGUCAAAAGUUUUCAAGCAGAUCUCCAAUCUAAAGUCAUGCGAAAUCACCACCACGGUUCGGCGACGAAUUCGUGGCUCUAUUCUCAAACCUCCCUCUCCUUUUUUCCCCCAAGCUACCGAAGAUCUUGACUCUUCAAAUCAAUCGCCGCUUCUAUCGAAUUGUAUUUCUGGCGAAUCGAGUCGUUGCGAGAGUCCCAGUUCAGUUGAACCCGGCAGUCCCCUGAGUCCGAGGAAACGCGUGCGAUUCUCCCUCUCCUCAUCUCACCCUCCUCCCCAUCUAGAAGCCCAAUUUGGCGGUCGUAGCAAUAGCCAACGUCUCCAAGAUAUGGCCCGACGUCGAUCCAACCGAUAUCAACGUCGGUGCAAUAACGAUCAGGAACUGGAUGGAGAUGACGACGAGGACAACGUCGGUGCCUUUGAUCGUCUAGUCGCAAUUUUUUGGUCAGAUGGUGGUCGAUUUCGAUGGUGCUUUUGGAGAGAUGGAGGCGAAAUGUUGCAAAACUUCAGUCUCCAUCGAUUUGGACGCUGUGUUGGCGACGUGGCAGCUUUCCUUGGCUGUCUGAUUGCCCUCCUACUCUUCUGCCUGCUCUUUCUCGCCCUGGUAGUCUGUAUUCCAUUGACGUGGUUUGCGGUAGAUGGGAAUGCUGGUGUUACUACGGGAACUUGUAUCCGUCUGUUAAAUACCUUCGGGCUGCAUGCUCUGCUGGCUAGGUGA